AUAUAUACUUUUAAUUUUUUGGUAGAAUCUUUCACAGAUACACACUCUCCAAAUCUACACGUUGAUUGAUUCAAUCUAUAAAUAUAAAACCAUGAUGAUCGCUCUUCCAAAUAUAUAAAUAAAUAAUCCAAACCCUACUUUUACAUUGCAUCAGAAUCAGAAGCAAUAGCAUUGGUUAAACUCAACCAUGCCGCUUCUUUGGACCAACAAAAACAGAGUAACCCGAGUUUUCCAAAUCAUUUCCGAUCUUCACUCAUCCAAACUCGAUGCUUCUCUCGUUGUUCAGACCCGUUUCCCCACCUCCCUCAUCAAUCUCUUCGUCAAAAACCGUACCCGCUUCACAAGACCCAACUCCAACAAACCGUUUCAACGCCAAACCUCUGAUCCACUAUCGCCAAAAACACCGAGUUCCAUCGGCUGCACGGUUGUUAGCGCUGAGUCAGAUUGCUCUGACUCACCGAGUUUGACUCAGUUGAUCACUGACGAAAACCUACCUGCAAAAAGCGGGGCUGUGAAUUCGGGUCGUGGGGUUGAUCGGAUUGGAGGAAACAAUAAUGGGUCGGGUUCAAAAUCGGUUCUUGUUACUUUUUUCAUGAUGGUUGUAAUUGUUGUUUCAAUUGCGAGUUUUGAGAAACUCACCAUUGGAAUCACGGUUUCAGCAUUUGUUCUUCUGUUUCUUGAAUAUGCAGUGAAGCGUGUCACUUUGUCUUCUAAAUCGAACGUGGAAAUUAAGCUUGUUGCAGCUGAAUCAUUCAUUACUGAUUCCUCGUCCUUCGAAGAAAUUAAGGUUAAAGACAACACUUGUUGUGAUGAUCUUACAUUGGAUUGUAUCAAGGGAGACAAAAAUAGUAAAGGUAAACGAAGUGCUGUUAAGUUGAAAUCAAAGUUGAAGAAGCUUUUUUCUAAAAAGGGAAAGGAAAAACGAGAUAAAAGAAUGCCAAGUUGAGAAGUACAAGAAGUGAAUGUGGUUCGAGUAAUAAUGUUGAAAAAGAUUUUGAAUUAAAUGAGGAAGUGGUAGAUUUUGUGAGUAAAUCACCAUUGCUGCUCAAUGAUGUUAAGCUAGAAAAUUUGACAGUUAUUACAAUAUAGGUAGUUAAUAGGUUACUAAGUUGGUUAGUUAGUUAGUUAGAAAGUUUGUUAGAGAGUUAGUUAUUCCAAAUAGUUCUAUAAAUAAGCAACUUCAUUGUGCUAUUUACUCAAUCUUUUAUUAAUCAAUAUGAUUACAUAUGAGUUUUUACCUAUGAGUAUUCCUAUGCUCUCUACCUCUGUUAUGAAUAUGAUCUUUAUCCCUCUCAUCCCAUGAUUCUCAACAACAGUGAACAGUUGAAGACAAGACGUGGUGUUUCAAUACGAGGAAGAUCGAAGGUGUCUUUGAUAAAAUGUUAUUAACGAAUUGAUGGAACAUUGGAUGAUGGUCUUUGGUGAAUCAAGUUUUACAUACUCAAUUUCAUUAUUGAUUCUUUGUUUACUUGCUUCUACAUUUUAGUAUCAUGUAAUUCAAUUGCUGAAUUUAUAUGGAAGGAUACUAUGAAAUUUCUUCAUGGUGAUUAGUGAUUACUAUCCCAAUCAUUUAUUGGGACAUAGGAAUCCGACUUAUGUAAAAAGUUGUUUUUUUAAAGAAACAAAUUUAUAGCAUUUCAUUAAU